AUGCAUCGCUUUUUUGCAGAGCUGGAACCAGCUCUAUCCGUCACUGAGCAAAACCUGUCAGACGGAGUUCGGUACAUCCUGCGCUCCAAUAUAUUUGGUGACGCCGAACUCGAACGACUACGACGUGAGGCUAUUUCUUCAUCGAAUGGAAAUGCUACGGCUGGGAUUGCGGCGCCACUAGAUGCGCAACAAACUGCAUAUGUGGAUGCUGCCGUCAACAUUCCAUUUGUAGCUAAUUCAGACGAUGAUGGAAUAGUCUCCCACGAACUAGAGAAAAUGAGGAGCAUAUUGGAAGAGUCGAUGCUGGAAACGCGCAGCAUGCCUCUCGAAAAUCGACCGCGACUUCCCCACAAGCAGCAAGCGAAAUCGGGCUGUCGUGCGGGCUCUUAA